GCCCUUCUUAGCUCCCUGUUGCAUCAUAUGUCCCUCAAUUUAUAUACACUUUCAGUAGCUAAAUCUCACAUUUUCAUUCUUUCUUUCUUUCUCUUCUUCCAAGCACCUAAUAAGAACUCAAUUCUCUGGUUCUGUUAAGAAAGAUGGUUGAAAACACAGCAGCAAAGAGCCAUUCCCGUCAAGGUUUCGAUGUCUCCAUUAACAUAAAUGCACAAGCUGGCUCCAAGUGGUUAGACGACGAUGGUCGCCCAAAGAGAACAGGGACUGUGUGGACUGCAAGUGCCCAUAUCAUAACAGCUGUGAUUGGGUCUGGGGUUCUGUCUUUGGCUUGGGCUAUUGCUCAGCUUGGAUGGAUUGCUGGUCCUGCUUUUAUGUUCUUGUUCUCUUUGGUCACUUACUAUACUUCUACUCUACUAUCUGUCUGUUACCGAACUGGGGAUCCUGUCAAUGGCAAGAGGAACUACACUUAUAUGGAUGCUGUUCUCUCAAAUCUUGGUGGAGCCAAGGUCAAGAUUUGUGGAUUUGUUCAGUAUCUUAACCUUUUCGGAGUUGCCAUUGGUUAUACGAUAGCAUCAGCCAUAAGCAUGAUGGCAGUGAAGAGAUCAAAUUGUUUCCACAAGAGAGGAGACAAAGAUCCAUGCCAGAUGAAUUCCAAUCCGUACAUGAUUGCUUUUGGGAUCGUAGAAAUUCUUUUCUCGCAGAUUCCUGACUUUGAUCAGCUAUGGUGGCUCUCCAUUGUUGCUGCUGUUAUGUCCUUCACUUACUCAUCUAUCGGUCUCGGACUUGGCAUUGCCAAAGUUGUAGAGAACAAAAAGUUCAUGGGAAACGUAACUGGAGUUAGCAUUGGCACUGUAACCCAAACCCAGAAAAUCUGGAGAAGUUUCCAAGCACUUGGUAAUAUUGCUUUUGCGUAUGCUUACUCCAUCAUCCUCAUUGAAAUUCAGGAUACAAUCAAAUCCCCACCAUCAGAAGCCAAGACAAUGAAGAAAGCAACUCUAGUAAGUGUUGCAGUGACAACACUUUUCUACAUGCUCUGCGGCUGCUUCGGCUACGCUGCCUUCGGAGACAAGUCGCCUGGAAAUCUCCUCACAGGCUUUGGCUUCUAUAACCCAUAUUGGCUAGUAGACAUCGCCAAUGUUGCCAUAGUAGUCCACCUUGUUGGUGCUUAUCAAGUCUACUGCCAACCACUCUUUGCCUUCAUUGAAAAAACAGCAGUACAGAGAUUCCCAGACAGCAAUUUCAUUAACAAAGACAUCAAAAUCCCAAUUCCUGGUUCUCGUUCCUACAACCUGAACCUCUUCAGAUUGGUUUGGAGGACAUGUUUUGUGAUCUUGACAACUUUGAUUUCAAUGCUCCUUCCUUUCUUCAAUGACAUAGUUGGUCUGCUGGGAGCUUUCGCAUUUUGGCCAUUAACUGUUUACUUCCCAGUUGAGAUGUAUAUAGCACAAAAACAAAUACCCAAGUGGAGCACAAGGUGGGUCUGCCUGCAAAUCUUAAGUGGCGCUUGCUUGAUAAUUACCAUAGUUGCUGCUGCUGGCUCCAUUGCUGGAGUCGUCGGAGAUCUUAAAUCUGUCAAGCCCUUCAAGUCCUCUUAUUAAAUCAGUUUAGAUUUGGCUCUUACUCAUCCAUAUGAAUCAUGAAGAGAAAUUGUUUAAGAUUACAAAUCAAGGAGUAAACUCUCAAGCUAUAGUCUAUUUAAGUUUCUUCAUCUUUUUUUUAAGAAUCUGGUUUGACACUGUGCACAUAAGCAUGCAAAUUGUUGAAUAUUUCAGAUUACUAGUUUCAUAUUUAUAUAUUAUGAUGGAAUUCUUCUCA